GUCAAAACGAUUACAACGUAAAUUCAUUCUGAUAAUUUCAAAUAUGUAUUCGAUUGUAGUAAAAUCGACUCAAAAAUUAUCGCAAUUCAUCAAACCUGCCGCUUACCGGCCCAGCAGGGGUUUGGCGUCUAAAUUGAUAUUCUCCGAAUACGGAGAGCCCGUUAAAGUAGUGCAAAAAACGAGCGAAGACGAGAAUGUUCUGCAGCCGGACAAGAACGAAAUCCUCGUGAAAAUGCUGGCGGCUCCGGUGAAUCCAGUCGAUAUAAAUGUGAUCGAGGGAACGUACCCGGCGAGGCCAAGGCUACCGGCUGUUCCCGGCUAUGAAGGCGUUGGAAUCGUAGAAAAAGUCGGCCCCGAAGUCGUGGAAAUCCAAGAAGGAGAUCACGUUAUACCUAUCCACGGGUUCUUGGGGACAUGGAGAACACAUUUAGUCAUGGCAAGCGAUAAAGUUCGUAAGGUACCGCAAGAAUUAGGUCUGGCUGAAGCGGCCACCCUAACUAUCAAUCCUUGCACAGCCUACAGAAUGUUGAAGGAUUUUUCGAAUCUGAAUGCCGGAGAUUAUAUAAUUCAGAACGGGGCAAAUUCGUCAUGCGGUCAAAUAAUUAUUCAGCUUUGUAAACUUUGGGGUAUAAAUUCGAUAAAUAUCGUAAGGAACAGACCAGAUUUGCCUGAAGUUAAAAAUUAUUUGACUGAAUUAGGAGCCACCUAUGUUUUUAGCGAGGAGGAAUUGCUUCAAAAUGCUAUACAAAAAAAUGACAUUCAGAAACCCAUACUAGGAUUGAACUGCGUCGGGGGAAGAAUGGCUUUGGAGAUUGCCAAAUAUUUGGAAGAUGGAAGCGUUUUGAUAACAUAUGGCGGAAUGUCCAAGGAACCUGUCUACAUACCUACGUCAGCUUUAAUCUUCAAAGAUAUUGAAGUAAGAGGAUUUUGGAUGACCAGAUGGUUUAACGAAAACGACGAUUCUGUAGAAAAAGAAGAUAUGUUUGAAGAGUUAAUUACGAUGAUAGGCAAUAAGGAUCUUCAAGGUUCUCUUUAUGAGAUGGUAAAAUUUGAUGAUUACACUAAAGCAUUGGAGCACACAAUGAGCUCCAAAGGAAUGGAGGGAAAGAAGUUUAUCUUGGAUUUUACCUCCUAAGAAUGUUAAUUUUAACAUUUCUUUUUUGUAAUCUUGAAUAAUUUUGUAUUAAGUGAGUUUAACACAUUUAGCUUUCUCUUCAAUCAAAUGAAAUAAUUUGAGUAAUUUUUAAAGCACACUUAAAUACAUUUUCACUUGGGCAUAUUACUCUACUAAAUUUUUCUUACCUUCAGUAUAUGAUGUGUGCUUUAUUAUACUACUGAAUUAGCUUAUCUAAUAACCUCUUUGUCAAAUUUCUUGUGAAAUUCUAACGAACAAAAUUUUUGACAAACAAAAUGGUAAACUGUAUUCUAUACUAAUGUACAUUUUGUGAAUUUAUGCAAUAUAAACUAAC